AUGAAGGCGUCUAUGGGAACAGAAUGGUUUAAGUUUUUCGCAGGUGGACAAAAAAAGGUUACACGAGAUGGUCAACCACCAAAACGACGGGGCCCAAAACCGGAUAGUAAGCCGGCCCUUACAAGGCGCCAGGAAUUGAAUCGUCAGGCGCAAAGGACACAUCGCGAACGCAAGGAACAGUAUAUGCGAGCGCUAGAGACUGAAGUCUCGCGAUUACGAGAGGCCUACACAGAAGAGAUAUCUGCGGCGAAUUUGACUGUCCACAAACAUCGAGAGAGGGUCCAAUCAUUAUCCGAGGAGAACAACAUAUUGAAAGAAAUUCUAGCCGCACAUGGCAUCAACUAUGAAGCGGAGGUGGCACGUCGCAAGGCAGAACGCACAAGUCCAAUAAACGCAACGUAUCAGUCUAGUCCUUUUGCCAGUAGCAGUGUUGGAUCGCAGCCUGCAGCUGCCGCGCAGUCAGCUCCAUCAACUCAACACGCUUACACGACGCCACCCACGACCAUAUCAGCCCCGUCUUCUAGUCUAAGUCCUAUUGUAAACGGGAUAGAACACAUCGACGUCUCACCAACUCAAGAGCUAUCGCCUCAGCAUCAAAAUUACAGCGCUACUCCCUGCGAUGCCUUGGCAACUCUUGACUGGAUAGCACCAGCGAGUCGCCAGCCUAAUCAGCCACCGGGUAUCUUUGAGAAUGAUCCUCAGCUGCAAAUUGACUUUAUUCUGACGUUAGAAUCACCAUGUCGCGAACAUACCGACUACCUUUGUCGAAGAUCCAUUACGGAGGCCGACGACGAGAAUAUGCCUUUCUCCGGACACGCAUUAAUGGCCUCCUGUCCACCACCCAGUUAUAUUGCCAACACAACCCACGAACAAGCCUACCCACAUCAGACGUAUGAUCUUCCACAUGCCAAUCUGACAACACUGCUCAAUCUAAGUCGACAGCUUGUGACCGAUGGCCAAAUUACACCAAUCAUGGCCCUCCAAUGGUUGAAAAACCAUGAAAUGUAUCGCUCGUUGACCAGAGAUGACAUAAAGGUUGUAAUCGAGACGCUCAACACCAAAGUUAGGUGUUAUGGGUUUGGAGCGGUGGUGGAAGACUUCGAGCUUAUGGACUGUCUGAGCAGUGUCAUCGGAUCCAGGGUCGACAUGGGAUUCUCCCGCGCCGGCGAUGACACGCUGUAUUCAUAA